AAAGUCCUUCUAAGGCCUCUGGGCCAGUGGUGCCUGACUUGUUGCCCUUGGGCUGCACCCUGAGAUGGCUAUGAAUUUGGCCCAACACAAACUCAAUUCAAACAUCAUGAGAGGUAACUGGUGUGACCUUUAAGAAAGCCAUCUCGAAGAGGAGCAACCAUGACCCUGCGCUUCCCCAUGGCCGUGGGCCUUAACAAAGGUCACAAGGUGACGAAGACCGUGAGCCAGCAGCGGAGGCACUGCCGGCAGCGCGGGCGCCUCACAAAACACACCAAGUUCGUGCGGGACAUUAUCCGGGAGGUGUGCGUCUUUGUACCCUACGAGUGGUGCGCCACGGAGCUGCUCAAGGUGUCCAAGGACAAGCGCGUGCUCAAGUUCAUCAAGAAGAGGGUGGGCACGCACAUACGCGCCAAGAGGAAGCGGGAGGAGCUGAGCAACGUGUUGGCCGCCUUGAGGAAGGUGGCGGCCAAGAAGGACCGAUCCCCUCCCCGUUCUCAAUAA